AUUUUUUUAGUAUUAUCAUUCAGUUAUUUUUGCUACUUCCUUUCCUUGAUUUAUAAUAUAGACUUUAGAUAUGGAAUGUGUAAAGCUAGAAUUAGGUGAUUCUAAAUCAUGGCAAGAAAAUGAAGAUUUAGAGGGAUCAAAUAUCGGUUUUAGAACUUAUAAAAUUCGUUUUUUCGGUUUAACUAUUAUUGGUCUGUCAAAUAUUGCUUCUUCAUUAAAUUGGUUAUCAGUUGCUCCUGUACCAGACCAAGCAGACGCAUUCUUUAAUAAUAUUGGAUUAAAUACUAUUAAUUGGUUUUCAAACGUUUUCAUGCUGAUUUAUUUAUUUGCUGGGCCAUUAUCAAGCUGGAUAUAUGAACACUGGUCAAUCAAAUUAGGUUUAGUUAUAGGCAGUAUUUUACAAACUAUAGGUACUUGGUUAAGAUAUUUUUCUGCAUUUAUUCAUAAUCCACAAGGCAGAUUGGCUUUGAGUUUAAUAGGUCAGAUUAUAUGUGCUGUUGGCCAACCUUUUAUCCUUAAUAUAUGUACACCUUAUGCUGCAUUAUGGUUUAGUGCUGAAGGCAGAGGUACGGUUUCUAUGAUGGGUGGAGUCACUAGUUCUAUUGGUAUGGCAAUUGCUUCACUUAUUAUUCCUGCUAUCGUAACAGAUGCUAAUACUAUGAAAUUGGGAUUCCUUAUUAUCGCUUGUAUCACAACUGGCUUUACUAUACCCGUAUUUUUCAUUCCAAAAAAACCCAAGACGCCACCCUCUUAUAGUGCAUCCUCCAGGGAUAAAUUCCAUCUCUCUUUUACUCAAUCUCUUUAUAAAUUAUUUAUUAAUUGGAAUUUUUUAUUCAUCAUGUUUUCAUUUGGUAUCCUUUGUGGUCUUGCCUCUGCUUUUACAUCUCUUUUGACACAAAUCGUAAAUCCUUAUGGUAUUAAUAAUGAAAAAGCUGGUUAUCUAGGUGCUGCAUUUAUAGUUUCUGGUCUUAUAGGCGCUACUAUCACAGGUCUAUAUAUUGAUAGAACAGGUCAUCAUAAAAUAAUUGUCAAAAUUUAUGUUCCUAUUCUUGGUGUUUUGUAUUUGGCGUUUUACUUUGCUGUAAAAAGUGGAAGCUAUAAUGCUAUAAUGGCUGUUUGUGUCCUUCUUGGCUUUUUUACCUUUUCUCUCUUACCUGUUUCUCUUGAAUUAUCUGUUGAAUCUUCUUAUCCAAUUAGUGAAGCUAUUUCUAGUUCCUUGUUAUGGAUAUGUUCACAAAUUUUAGGAUUAAUUAUUUUGAUUGUCAUGGAUGCACUUCGAAAUUCAGAUGGUAAAAUGACUCGUAGUCUUAUCUUUGCUACUUGUAUUGUAUUCCCUUUGUCUAUCUUGACGACCAUCUAUAAUAGCCCUAAUAAGCGACUAGAAUUUGAGAAGAAAAAUAAGACUCCUAAAUAUUAGAUACAUAUAUACACAUAUGUAUAUGAUUUUUUAAUAGAAUGACUAUAUAGAUACUAUUAUUUAUCCCUCUUUGAAUAGGAGGAUUAUG